AUGUCUAGUCCGACAAAGAAGCGAAAGCUAAAUUCCGGGACCUCGAAAUCAUCCGGUUUACCUUCUAGAGGACUAGAGUACUUUUUCUCCAAACAGAAGCAGAAUAAAAACUCCCAGAAGGAUUCACAAGAGGUCCAGAGGACUGAGAGUCCCUCAUUAUCUCAAGAUGAAGGUCAUGGUAUGACGGAUGAAGAACUGGCGCGAAAGCUCCAGGCUGAGUGGAACAAAGAGACCGAAACUACCGAGCGCGCCUCCGGAUCUCUAACACCGUCCACGGUUUCAAAUUCCCGUACCACUCCAGGUAUCACCGAAACUUCCCAGAUAUCCCGGGAGUCUCCGAACCUUAUUCCGGAGAUAACGGAAACCGAGAAGAAAGGCAAAGGCACUUUGUCGCUACAGUCCGUUUCAGCUUCCGUGGACAGUAUCUCGGAAACUAUACCCUUUGACGAUAGUCCUCUAACCUUUGAUACUGCUGAAUACGUGUCAAAACUUCGAGAUCACUGGGUUAAAGAUGGGGGUGAUGCGUCCUACGCACUUUUAACACGCUGCUUUGUGCUCGUCAAUGGCACGUCCAGUCGGAUAAAAAUAGUGGAUACCUUAGUCAACUGCCUCCGUGUUCUCAUAGAAGCAGACCCUGAGAGCUUACUUCCUGCGGUCUGGCUUGCGACGAACUCAAUCUCACCCCCGUAUAUCUCACUGGAACUCGGAUUAGGCGGUUCAGCUAUCUCCAAAGCACUCAAGAACGUAUGCGGUUUGGACAGUCGCUCUUUGAAAGCUAUCUACGAUAAAUACGGCGACGCGGGUGAUGUCGCCUUCGAGGCAAAGAAGAAGCAGAGCUUCACACUACGGAAGCCAAGGCCGUUAACGAUCAAAGGUGUUUACCAAUCUCUCGUUAAGGUCGCCAAUAGCCAAGGGCAAGGAAGUGCAGAAGUAAAGCAGCGAAUCGUGGAUCGAUUACUCCAGGAUGCCCGGGGUGGUGAGGAGAGUCGCUAUGUUGUCCGCACGCUAUGCCAACACCUUCGAAUUGGCGCGGUCAAGACGACUAUGUUGAUAGCUCUGUCUCGCGCCUUUCUUCUCUCACGACCACCCAACGUAGAUUUCCCCUUGAAAUCUGUAAGCGAUCUUAAGGCGUUGAAAAAGGAAGAGUUAGCUGAGGUAUGGAGUAGGGCCGAGGAGAUCGUGAAAGCAUGUUUCGCAAGGCGUCCUAAUUAUAACGACCUCAUACCUACUAUGCUUGAGAUAGGAGUAUGCGAUGAGCUUUCACUGAGAUGUGACCUGGCGUUGCAUAUUCCCCUAAGGCCGAUGUUGGGAAGCAUUACGAGGGACUUAUCUGAGAUGCUCACGAAACUACAAGGGAGGGACUUUGCCUGCGAAUUUAAGUACGAUGGACAACGGGCACAAGUUCAUUGCGACGAGAAGGGGAAAGUGUCAAUUUUCUCCCGGCAUUUAGAGGUAAUGACCGAUAAGUAUCCGGACCUGGUGGCGCUCGUACCGAAGAUUCGCGGUGAAGGCGUCAGCAGCUUUAUCAUGGAGGGCGAAGUUGUCGCGGUGGACCAGCAGACCGGGGAGUUGAGGAACUUCCAGACUCUUACAAAUCGAGCACGAAAAGACGUCGAGAUUGGUAGCAUAACCAUCGAGGUAUGCUUAUUCGCGUUCGACCUGAUGUACUUGAAUGGCCAGCCUCUACUCGAUCGGCCUUUUCGUGAACGAAGAUCGUUAUUACGAUCACUAUUUAUCGAAAUACCGCAUCGCUUUACCUGGGUCAAGAGUCUCGACGCUACAUCGCAAGAUUCUGAAGUCGUACUAGACUUCUUCAAGCAGGCGACAGAUACUAAAUGCGAGGGCAUUAUGGUCAAAAUUUUAGACAAUCUUCCGGAUCUACCGGCACCAAGCCAAGUUGCAGAUGAUCUUAACGAAACGACCGGCGAGGUGGGAGAAAGUGAGACCCUUACACUUCCAAAGAAAUCCAAAGCGAAGAAAGGCAAGGGGAAAGCCAAGGAUACCUCAAAUAAUGGGGCCGGAGAAGAAAAGAAACCAUCUUCACGACGGAAAGCGCUACUCGCCACAUACGAGCCCGACAAGCGUCUUGACUCGUGGCUUAAGGUCAAAAAGGAUUACAGCAGUUCAUUCGAUACCCUAGAUCUCGUGCCCAUUGCCGCAUGGCAUGGUCAGGGCCGAAAGGCGAAGUGGUGGUCGCCGAUACUUAUGGCAGUACGCAACGAUGCGACUGGCUCGCUUGAGGCCGUAUGCAAAUGCAUAUCUGGCUUCACAGACACCUUCUAUAAGGCGAACAAGAAAUUCUACGACGAUGGUUCUGGCGAGGAACCACAUGGCCCAGAUGUUCCGGGAAAAGAGGGGGAGGAAGUGGAAGAUAAUAAUGCCGGAAAAUAUAAGAAUGUCCGCGGAAUGAAACCAAGCUUUAUUGAAUAUUACGGCCCGGAGCCGGAUGUUUGGUUCGAGCCUCAGGAGGUAUGGGAGAUGGCGUUUGCUGAUAUUACGUUAUCCCCGAUCUACACAGCCUCUAUCGGAUUAAUCAGCCAAGAGCGUGGGCUGAGUAUGCGGUUUCCACGCUUCCUGAAAAAGCGUGAAGAUAAGGGAAUUGAGGAAGCCAGUAGCAGCGAAUUCCUGGCUGGACUGUACAGAAAACAAGAGGCCAAAGCGCCGACUACGCCCGCCAAUCAAGAGGUUGAGGAUGGUGAGGAGGAGGAACUAUAA